GAAAUUAAAGUUAAAUAAGUUUCUCUGUCUACGGUCGGGCUAAUAUAUUUAUAAUUUUACUUCUGCCAUGUUUCUUGUUUGACAACUGUCAUAUGUCAUUUUUCCUUAAUUUUAAUGUUGCUUGUUACUGCAAAAUAAAUCUUAAAGAAAAUAUAUAAAUAGUUAUAAUGCAUCGAACUAAACACCAUAAAAUAAAACAAGAGAUGCCGGAGACGUCCUCAACCAGGUCGAAAAACAAUGAAGAACAUGACCUAGCAUAUUAUAUUCACGAUAGGGUUGAGUUGAUGCAUCAAGUAUUUUCUAUAAUAAAACCAAAGGAAUUGAAAGCAAUGGCACCUGAAUGUGUGCAAGACAUUUCAAUAGAUGACUUACAGGAGCUUUGUACAGAGGAACUUUUAGGUAUUAGCUCAAAACGUCUGUGUGCAAUAUUAGAUGGAGCAGAUCCACCUACAGACACUGAAUCUUCAAGUUCAGAACCAAUGGAGACCAUCUCCCUUGACAGUAUAUCAUCAGAUGAAGAGAUUUUAAGCCAACCCUGCACUAAAAUUAAAAAGCACAAACACAGAAAGCACAAGUCAAAAGGCAAGCAUAAACGCAAGAACAGCAACAGCAGUGAUAAGGAUAGGGAAAUUGAAGAUAGAUCUAAAGCAUCGAGAGCGGGUCUGACUGUGUUGGAGCUUCUUGAAUUACAAGCCAGAGCUAGAGCUAUUAGAGCUCAACUGCAACAAGACAAUACCAAUAAACAAGAGACAGCCCCUGAAAAACAUGAUUCAUCUGAUGAAGUUGAAAUUAAAGAGGAACCACCGGAAGUUGUGGAAAUUAGCAGUGAGGAUGAGAAACCUAAAAUAGAAGGUCUAACUGCUAUACCUCCUUCACCAAACAUAGAUGCUACAUGUCUUAUCGAAAAAUCAGCUAGUGUAAAAAGAGUAAACAAUUUAGUAAUAACAGUACCACAGACAAUUCCUUCACGAAGAAUUAAAUUGAAUAGGAAUAAAAUAGUCCGUAUUGCAACAGACAGCGAUAAGGCAGAUAGAGAGAAAGAAAAAAACUAUACUAAUAAUAUCUGUCAACAAACAGUUAUUUCUAAUGAUCCUGUGGAAACAUUGUCCGUACAAUUUUCUAACGAAGAAAAAACCAAGACGGAACAAGAUAAAAAUCAAGUAAAACUAAAAAGAAAGCAGAAGAAGAAAUCGAAAAAAAAUGAGAAAGACGGAAGUGACCAUGAUGAAAUAACGUUACAACUUUCGGACACAGAAAAAAUGGAUCUACUUGAAAACUUUAAUAGGGAAGACUACGAUAAUUUCACGAGCUCUAGUUCAAAAGAUUCUGAAAGUAGUUCUGAGGAUGAAUCUGUAAAAGACGUACUAAAUAAAAAUAUAGAAACUGAUAAGAUCGACGAGAUUACUACGAAAAAUACAAACACAACUGAAUUACUUUUAGAUAAUAACAAAACGUCGGAAAAUAUUAAAAUAUCAGACACUACUGCUAAAGAAAACCAUUCAAUGCAAGAAGUAAACUCGCAAACAACUGAUGUUGUGAAAAAUGUUGAACAAGAAGUCUAUAGUCCGGAAAAAAACAAUGCUGAGGAUAAUGUCGAAAAAGUCACAAUUUUGUCUAAUAAAGAAAACCUAACAAAUGAUUGUAAUUUAGAAGACCAUGCCAAAAUUAUUAAAAUUGGCGAAGAUACGGCAAUAACUCUGCAAAAUGAAGGAAGUAUAAAUGAAAAUGUAAACUUAAAUAUAGUUAACACUCAGGAAAAUAAUAACGAAGGACAGAUUGAAGAAGGUGAAAUAAUAAGUAAGAAUGAAUUAAAUGAGGAAUUAUCUGAUGGCGAAAUUUCCGAUAAAAAUUGUACAAAAGUUGAUCCGGGUGAUGCGUCGAGUAAAGUAGUCUAUAUAUCGGAUGAAGAAAUGAAUUAUGCCAAAACUACAAAAAACAAAAAAAAAGAAAAGAAAUCGAAGAAACAAAAAAAAUCAAAGAAAAAGGAUUUUCGUGAAAGUGGCAAUCAGAACUUCUUUGAAAUCAAUGAAUCAAAAAAUGAAAAUUCUGAAACAGAAAAAAUAAAUGUUGACCAUCAAACCACAGAAACGAAAAUUGAGGGUCAACCUGAUAAUAUACUUACAAUAGACGUCGACGAUGACGAUAUAUUUGAAAUUUUCGAACUAUCCGAUGAAUCGUCUGAUGUAGAAGGAGAUUCAGUAUUAUCAAAAGAGCCAACAGCUGCUGAAAUAGCGGCGCUUUCCGCUAAAAUUGACGAAAUACAUAACGAAGACAUCGUGAUAAACAAAAAAGAUACAUUUGUAUCAGUAGAUGGUAAUAACGAAGAAGAAAAUAUAUCCUGGCGAGAUAGGUACUUAGAUAGCAAGAAAGUGAAAAGGGUUUUAACAACAUCCAACAUUCUAAAUGCUCUGAGAAAGAAAAACAAGGAUAUUAAGAAAAUGUUAGAAGCAACCAAGAAUGUUACCGAAGGCAUAAGUCCUAAAGUAUGUGAAUCAAAUGUUGUGGUUGAAGGCUCUAUUGAACAUUUCAAAACAUUAGAAGGAUCUACCAAGUAUGUAGACCCCAUAGAGACAGAUAAAGAGGAAAAAGAACAAAAUGAAGGAAAUAGUGAUAACAAAAUAGUGAGUAAGGAGAUGGAAAAAAAUGCUAAGCUCUUAUUGAAAAUGUAUAAAAAGUUACUAAAGUAUAAUGAUAUUAACAAACAGAAAGAUCCUAAUAAAAAGAAGAAAAAGAAGCAAAAGAGGAAUAAAGAUAAGGAAAAAGUUAAGACAUCGCAAUAGGCGUUGUCAUAAUGUAAUGUAAUUGUUUAAGUAUAUAAAAAUAAAUAAUAAAAAUAAUAAAUAUAUAAUUAUGUACAAAUUAUUUUAAACAUUAUAAUUGAGAUUGUAAAAUAAGUACAGCCUGCAUUUUUUUGUUUACGCAUUGUUGUACAGUUCUUUUUUCCUUUUCUUCGAAUCCAUAAUGAAUAUCAUAGAUUAUUCCAGAUCUUGACAAAUGAUAACGCGUCAAUUCUAUGUCAAAGUUGUUUAUAGUCUUUACUCUCAUGUGGUUGGAAUAGUACAAUAGUAUUAAAUAUAACGAGUAUGAGGAUUGUU